CAAAAAAAAAAAAGGUAAGGGCAGGUUAGCGCGCGGCUCGGGCCCGAGUGGGCUGCGGCCGGGGGAGGGGCGAGAGCUGCAUAUGUAUUUCUGUCCUCCCCUGCACACCCCUUCCCUCCGAGCGAUGGCUGAGAGGCGGUGCAUGCAGAUGGGGACUCGCCUCGCCCCCCAGCUCGCCCCCCGAGUGGAGACUGGUCGUCUUGUCGGAUUGCCCAGGCACUUGUUGCCGAAACAGCCAAGGCUCUGGCUCCAGGGGAUGUUGAAGGAGGAAGACACAGGAGCAAGGCGACCCUGAGGGAGUCACCAGCCGUCUUAAUCCUGACACAGACCCAGGUCUCUUCUCCCCACCUGCUCAGCAGCAUGAGAGCAGCAUGACUGGCCAGCCGCAGGAGAAGCCCCCAGAGCCAGGCCCCCGACGCAGCCACCCGCUACCAAGGUCAAGGCGUGAAGGCGUUUGCACCACGGUGCCGGUGCCGUCUGCUCCAUACCUCAGCCCGGGUGAGGAUGUAGACGACGCGACUCUGCAGAUGCGUGGUUCAAGCCAGCGGGAGCCCCUGCCUCCGGCCACCCUCACAGACAUGUCAGCCGUGGAGUAGGGCGGACCCUUUCUCUCAUCUUCUCAGGGCUUCAGGAUUUUUGGAUUCUCUUCAUUUUCUAUUUUUUUUCACACACUCUCUCUUGUGGCUGAACGUUCAUAACCAAGGCGGACACCAUGGGGGACCAGCAGCUCUACAAGACCAACCAUGUGGCCCACGGUGGCGAGAACCUCUUCUACCAACAGCCCCCCCUCGGUGUUCAUGGCGGGCUGAACCACAGCUACGGGAGUACCAUCUCGGGGGCUGGCAUGGAGGCCCCACAGGCCUCGCCCCUCUCGCCUCACUUCCCUCAAGAUACUCGGGAUGGCCUGGGCUUGCCCCUCGGCUCCAAGAACCUUGGCCAAAUGGACACCUCCAGGCAGGGAGGGUGGGGGAGCCACGCAGGGCCUGGGAACCACGUCCAGCUUCGGAGCAACUUAGCCAACUCGAACAUGAUGUGGGGGGCGCCGGGCCAGGUGGAGCCCAGUGAGGGCUACCAGUAUACCUAUUCCCAGGCCAGCGAGAUCCGGACCCAGAAGCUCACCAGUGGCGUUUUACACAAGCUGGACUCUUUCACCCAGGUGUUCGCCAACCAAAACUUGCGAAUCCAGGUCAACAACAUGGCCCAGGUGCUGCACACCCAGUCUGCGGUGAUGGACGGAGCCUCCGACAGUGCCCUCCGUCAGCUGCUCUCUCAAAAGCCUGUGGAGCCCUCGGCGUCGGCCAUAGCCUCCCGUUACCAGCAGGUACCCCAGCAGCCUCACCCUGGCUUCACAGGGGGGCUGCCCAAACCGGCCCUCCCCGUCGGGCAGCACGCUCCCCAAGGGCACCUGUACUAUGACUACCAGCAGCCCCUGGCCCAGAUGUCAAUGCCAGGAGGACAGGCCCUGCCAGCCCCCCAGGUGCUGCCCAGCCCUAUGCAGCCUCUGCAGCAGCACCAGUAUUACCCACAGCCGCCGCCCCAGCAGCAGCAAGCUGGGCUGCAGCGGAUCUCCGUGCAAGAGAUGCAGCAGCAGCAGCAGCAGCAGCAGCAGAUUCGCCCCUCCCAGCCUCCGCAGCAGCAGCAGCAGCAGCAGCAGCAGCAGCAGCUCCAACUGCAGCAACGGCAGGCUUCACUGCAGAUACCUCAGUAUUAUCAGCCCCAACCCAUGAUGCAACACUUGCAAGAGCAGCAGCAGCAGCCCUCGAUGCACCUGCAGCCCGCUUCCUACCACAGGGAUCCCCAUCAGUAUGCCCCGGAGCAGGCACACGCUGUCCAGCUGAUCCAGCUGGGCUCCAUGCCUCAGUAUUACUAUCAGGAGCCCCAGCAGAGCUACGGCCACCCCCUCUACCAGCAGAGCCACCUGCCCCCGCCCCAGCAGCGUGAGGACAGUCAGCUGAAGACGUAUUCUAGCGACAGGCAGACUCCGGCUGUGCUGAGCUCCCACGGGGACAUGGGGCCUCCUGACACGGGGGUGGUGGACCCGGCCAGCUCAGAGAUGACCCGAGUCAGCAGCACCCUUCCUCACCAGCCGCUCCUGUCCCCCAGCGGCAUCCACCUCAACAGCAUGAGGCCUCAGCAUCAGCAGCCGUCUCCCAGCUCGCUGUGGCCCCAGAUGCACCUACCUGAUGGGAGAGCCCAGCCAGGGUCCCCGGAAUCGAGCAGUGGCCAAACCAAAGGAGCGUUUGGGGAACAGUUCGAUGCCAAGAACAAGCUGACGUGCUCCAUCUGCCUGAAGGAGUUCAAAAGCCUGCCUGCCCUGAAUGGCCACAUGCGGUCCCACGGGGGAAUGAGGGCCUCCCCCAGCCUCAAACAGGAGGAAGGAGAGAAGGCCCCACCGCCUCAGCCUCAGCCUCAGCCCCAGCCGCCACUGCCACCUCCGCCUCCACCGCCACCGCAGCUCCCUCCUGAGGCAGAACGCCUCACGCCUAUGGUCAUGCCCGUGUCUGUCCCUGUCAAGCUUCUCCCGCCCAAGCCCAGCUCUCAGGGCUUCACCAACAGCGUCGCUGCCACCCCCUCGGCCAGAGACAAGCCAGCCAGCUCGAUGUCGGACGACGAGAUGCCUGUGCUCGUGAGGAUGAGCCUCUCCCCCCCUCACUCUCCCCAAGGGGCUGCCCCCCGUGCGCCUGCUGAAAUCCCCCGGAAACAUCAUCCACCCGUUGCCGCCAAAGUUGAGGAGCCCCUCAAGACCCUACCGGAGAAGAAGAAGUUCCGGCACCGGCCUGAGCCCCUCUUCAUCCCGCCGCCGCCUUCUUCCUACACGCCCACCUCCUACUCGGGGGCCACCCUGUACCAGAGCCAGCUACGCUCCCCACGAAUCCUCGGGGACCACCUGCUCCUGGACCCCACCCACGAGCUGCCCCCCUACACGCCGCCACCCAUGCUGAGCCCUGUGCGCCAGGGCUCAGGGCUCUUCAGCAAUGUCCUCAUCUCGGGCCACGGCCCUGGAGUGCACCCCCAGCUGCCCCUCACUCCCCUCACGCCCACGCCACGCGUGCUGCUGUGCCGCUCCAGCAGCAUCGAUGGCAACAAUGUGACAGUCACCCCAGGACCUGGAGAGCAGACUGUGGAUGUUGAACCACGGAUCAACAUUGGCUUAAGAUUCCAAGCAGAGAUCCCAGAACUGCAAGAUGUCUCCUCCCUGGCUCAGGACACACACAAGGCCACACUGGUGUGGAAGCCGUGGCCUGAGCUGGAAAACCAGGCCCUCCAGCAACAAGUGGAGAAUCUUCUGAAUUUGUGUUGUUCCAGUGCACUCCCAGGUGGAGGGACCAACUCGGAAUUUGCUUUGCACUCUCUCUUUGAGGCCAAAGGUGAUGUGAUGGCUACUCUGGAAAUGUUGCUGCUGCGGAAGCCAGUCAGGUUAAAAUGUCAUCCUCUAGCCAAUUACCACUACGCUGGUUCUGACAAGUGGACGUCUCUAGAAAGAAAACUGUUUAAUAAAGCACUGGCCACUUACAGCAAAGACUUUAUUUUUGUACAGAAGAUGGUAAAGUCCAAGACAGUGGCUCAGUGCGUGGAGUACUACUACACCUGGAAGAAGAUAAUGCGGCUAGGGCGGAAGCACCGGACACGCCUGGCGGAAAUCAUUGAUGACUGCAUGACCAGUGAAGAGGAAGAAGAGGCCGAGGAAGAGGAAGAGGACCCAGAGGAAGAUAGGAAAUCCAUAAAAGAGGAGGAGACUGAAGUGCCCAAGUCGCCAGAGCCACCGCCCGCCCCUGCCCUGGCUCCCACUGAGGGCCCACCCAUGCAGGCCGCUGGCCAAGCAUCAGGCUCCUUCAUCUGUGAAAUGCCCAACUGUGGGGCUGACUGUAGAUGUCAUGUCACUGCAUUUCUUCCCCAGGUGUUCAGCUCCCGGCAGGCACUGAACGGCCACGCCCGCAUCCAUGGUGGCACCAACCAGGUGACCAAGACCCGAGGUGCUGUCCCCUCUGGGAAGCAGAAGCCAGGCGGCAACCAGAGCGGGUACUGCUCGGUAAAGAGUUCACCAUCUCACAGCACCACCAGCGGAGAGACAGACCCCACCACCAUCUUCCCCUGCAAGGAGUGUGGCAAGGUCUUCUUCAAGAUCAAAAGCCGGAAUGCGCACAUGAAGACCCACCGGCAGCAGGAGGAGCAGCAGAGGCAGAAGGCUCAGAAGGCAGCUUUUGCAGCAGAAAUGGCAGCCACCAUUGAGAGGACUACGGGGCCGGUGGGGGCACCUGAGCUGCUGCCCCUGGACCAGCUGAGUCUGAUGAAGCCGGUCAAGGAUGUGGACAUCCUGGAGGACGACGUGGUCCAGCAGUUAGGUGUCAUGGACGAGGCCGAGGUGGUGGGCACGGAUCUUCUCCUGGAUGAACAAGACUCGGUCUUGCUUCAAGGUGAUACGGAACUCUGAGUCCCCGUCCAUCACCCAGAGACACAGAAGCCACACUCCGUCUCCGCCAUCAGGAGAACCAGGACUUCCUGCUCCUUCGGAAACCCUUUUAAACGACCUGUUUAAAAAGUGGUCCUUUUCUUCAGGUUAAGGGAGGGGAAAAAUCCAGUUCUUUCUCUUUUACCUUCUUUUACAUUGUUUUUGUUGGGGGUUGGGGGGGAAUAAAAAAUUGGCACAACUGUC